CCGCGCGCAGACGCCGCCGGCUCCGCAGUCGGUGCCCCGGGCUGGGCGAGCAGCUCCGUGCGUCCCACACCCGGGCCCACGCGGAACCCCAGGCCAAGAGACCCCUCACCCAGCCCCGAGGGCCCAGAUUCCGCCGUGGGGCCGGUGGAGCCAAAGCCGCGCCGGGGCGGGCGCCUCCAGGCGACCAGAUGUUCGCCAUCCAACCGAGGGUGGCUGAGGGGGGCCAGUUCCUGGGGGGCCAGCCUCCUGGAGUAUGUCAGCCUGAGUUCCAAGCCGACAGCAACUCCAACUUCAUGGCAAGAGCCAAGGAUGCCAAUGAGAACUGGCGUGGGAUGCCAGACCAAGUAGAGCCCAUCCCGAUGAGGAGCUCCGCCCAGUUGCCCUCUGACAACCAGGCUUUCCAGGCCCCUGGACUCCCAGAAGGAGAGGUCCGCAGCCCGCCAGAGGGGGCAGAGAUCCCCAGAGCUGAGCCUGAGAAAAUGGGUAGUGCUGGCAUAGUCUGCUCCCCUCUAGAGGACAAUGGCUAUGCCAGCAGCUCCCUAAGCAUUGACAGCCCCAGCAGCAGCCCUGAGCCUGCUUGUGGGACCCCUCAAGGCCCUGGCCCUGUAGAUUCCCUUCUGCCCUCAGUGGCCCAGGCUGUGCAAAAGCUGCAGGCUCAAGAGCGCUACAAAGAGCAGGAGAAGGAGAAGCACCAUGUGCACUUGGUGAUGUACCGCCGCCUGGCCCUGCUCCAGUGGAUCCGAGGCCUGCAGCACCAGUUAGUUGACCAGCAGGCCCGCCUGCAGGAGAGCUUUGACACCAUCCUAGAUAAUCGAAAGGAGCUCAUCCGCUGCUUCCAACAGAGGGCAGCACCAUGCACGCCCCAGGACCAGCGCUAAGAGUGUGCCUCCACUGGGGUGCAAGGGUCUGUAUGUAUAUAUUUGCAGGCAUGUGUGUGGUUGAACACAAGUACAUGAUUAUUAACUGGUAUGAGUGCAGGUAAGCAUAAAUGAGCAUGCAUAUGCUAACGUGCCAGGCAUGUGUGAAUUAGCACCUGUGCAUCAGUUUACAUGUGCUGUGUACACACACAGUCUAACUUAUAUGCAGGCUCAUAUCAGGCAUGUCCAUCUGUGUGUAUCUAUGUGUGUUACAUACAUACCUCUUGCAUAUGACAUGCAUGCAAGAGGGAGUGAAUUUGUACAUGUGUGCAUGAACAGGGCCCCAUAAGUGGUGUGUGCAUAUGUGCAUGAGUGAGGGGCUAUAGUUGGCCCUUGAACAACACAGAUUGAAACUGCACAGGUCCACUUAUAUGUGGGGUUUUUUUUUUCGAUAAAUAUAUACAGUUCUGCAGAUGUAUUUUCUAAGAUUUUCUUAAUAACAUUUUCUUUAGCUUUAUUGUAAGAAUACAGUAUAUAAUACAUAUAACAUACAAAAUAAAUGUUAGUCAACUGUUCAUGUUAUCAAAAAGCCUUCUAGUCAGCUGCAGGCUAUUAGCAGUUAAGUUUUUGGAGAGUCAAAAGUUAUACCUAAAGCUUUGACUAUUUCAGGGGUUGUCACCACUAACCCCUGCAUUGUUCAAGUGUCAACUGCACCUGCAAAAGAUGUGUGUGCGCCUCUGAGUGAGUUUGAAUGUGCAGGCUUAUGGCAGGUGUGUGAGAGUGAGCUCUUAUGUGUGGGGGCCUAUAGGCAGGGGUGCGUGUGUGCAGCUGCAGGCAUGGGGAAUGUAUGUUAGGAACAUGUGUAUUUGCAGGCACGUGUGUGCGAAUAUAUAUUCCAUUCCCCCUGUGGGACCUCCAUCCACACCCUGUGUUACCCAUGGCCUGCUGUAGCCUUUUGUCCACAGGGUCUCACUGCUUGCUGGAAAGAGGGAUGCCUGCUGUCAUUUACCCGAGGAAAUCAGUGUCAGGGAGGGGAGCUGAGGGUGGUGAUGGACACUUGAACUCUGCCCCCAGGCACAUGGGAGAUGGGGAAGGGAGAUGAGGAUGGCAGGACCUUGUGAAGAACAGGAGUUUGGGAAUUCUGCAACACCAGUUCCUCACAAACCACUGAUCAUCUCCUCUUCUCCGCAAAGGAGCUCUUGCAGACCACGUCGAUGUAAGCUUCUGAUGAAAAGGAAUGUGUGCUUCUAAGUUUGCUGUUGGGUAAAAUCUCACUUCCCUCUCUUUGCUUCUA